AUUUGAAAUCAAUGCAAGGUAAUCAAGGUUCUUAGAAGAAAGAUAUAGAAUUUGGUUCAUGCCCUUUUUCUGAAGCAAUGAAACCACCAAAAGGCCAUGAAAAUUAUACAGAUAAAUCCAAAUGUCCUUUCCAGUAAAUGCAACAGCAACCAGAGAUAAAAAUUGCAGAUGGAAGUGCUGAGAAGAAAAAAGAGAAAAAAGAGAAGUAACCUAAAGGAGGAUGUCCAUUCAUGUCAAGUGAAAAAAAACGAAAUCCGCCACUUGCUCAUCUUGAAGAAUAAUAUGACACUUAUUAUAUCAGUCCUUUGAAUUAUCUACUAGAUACACGAGGUUUAUGGAUGUUGGCUUUUGAUUCUAAAGAAGUUAAAAAAGGUAAGGCUUAUUAUUAUUGAAUUAAUAGGUCCAAUAAAGGAUAGAAGAAAAGUAUUUGAUACAUAUCCAACAUAUUUAAAAAGUACAUUGUUUCAUGAUGAUGAAAAUACUAAAAAACUUAGAUAAUGUGAAGUGGCUUAAAGAUUUUUUGUUUAUGAUAAGUUUAGAGAAAAAGGUAUUACUUAUAUUUCAUAAUCAGGAAAUAAACUAUUAUAAAAAUAAGAAUAUGAUGAGGCUAUUAGAUAUUAUGAAAGAGCUCUUGGUUGUUUCCGUUAUUUAGAAGUUGUAGAACCUCCUGAAGUAGAUUCUGAUGAAGAUGAAACAAAUUAGUAAUAAGAUACUUCAAAUAUGACUGAAAAAGAAAAAAAAGAAUUAGAAGAUAUGAAAAAAUCAGCAAAAUAAUAUAGGAAAGAAUAAAAAGAAUUUAAAAAAUAAUAUAAAUCAUUAAUGACAAUUUACACUGAUGAGAAUGUCAAGUACAAUGGAGUAGAACACAUUCAAGUAUUAUAUUUAUUUCAAUCUAUAAAGGAUGAAGCUGAUAAAGAAAUGUGUAAUUCUAUUAUGUAUGGUCUAUAUCUUAAUAUGUCUGUUUGUUAUAUGAAGAUGUCACAUUUUGAUUUAGCUAAAAAGAUUUUAGAUGAUGCAGGUGUUAUUUAAAAAGAGAAUUCAUAAUAUUUAUUUAGAUAUUCUUAAGCUAUUUUAUAUGAUAAAUGGUCUACCUAUAAAGAUUUAAUAAAAGCUAAAGAACUUAUUGAAAAAGCUAUCAAUUUAUCAAAUGUUGAAAAUAUUUUCAAAUAAGGUCCUGGAAUUUUAAAAUUAAUGGGUUUAGAGAAUGCUAAAGAAAUUUAUGUUGAACAUGCACAUAGAGUUAUGGAAACAUUAAAAAGAAAAAAAUAAUGGGUUUAAGAUAUUGUUGAACCAUUAUUUUUAAGAGCUAAAGAAAUUGAUGAAAUUGAAUAAGAAAUGAUUGAAGAUGGGAAAGUACCAUAUGAAGAAGGUGUUACAGAUGUAGUUGAUCCAGAAGAUUUAGUUCAAUAACAAAAUGAAACAGACAAAUAAUUCUUAUAUAGAGUAUGUCUACCACAAUUAACCCAAGAACAUUAAGAAUAUGAAAUUGUUAAAGAAAUGGUCAAUAAAUAUUAUAGGAUUAUUGAAUUUUAUGCUGUAAAUUCUUUUCUCUAUAUUAAUAAUAGGAAUAAAAGAAAUAUGAUUAAGUAAAAAUUGCAAAAUAGGAAUUAUAAAGAUUAUUAGAAACUGUGCAAACAAUGUCAUUCUAUAUGAAUUUAGAUCUCAUUGAUUAUGAAAAUGAUGAUAUACUAAAAGAACUUGUUAUAAAACAUCAAUUGAAUUUUACUGACAAAAAGUAUGUCAGAAGACUUAUACGACUUUGUAGAGAAAAUGUUACUGAAAUCUUUGGUUAAGGUAAAUUCAAUUUCGAAGUAUAUUUGAUUUUAAUUAUUUCAGGUCUUUGAAUAUGCUAUGACAGAUUACUUUAAGAAAAAAAGAGAAUAAGAAGAAAAAGAAAGAGAAGAAUACUUAAAAUAACAUCCUGAACCUGUAAAACCUCGUUAAGAGUCAUCAUUCUUGAAGAAAACAUUAUUUUCAACAGAGUUUUGGAUGCAAGUAUACUUUCACUCUAUUUUUUUAUUAGAUGUUAGUUCUAUUAUUGGUUAUGGGAGGAAUGUUUUAUUUUAAUAGCAAUACAGGUUUUCUAGGCAAACUCUUCUCCUUUAAAAAAUGAGAGCAUACUUGAAAAUGAAAAAAUAGAUCAUUAUUUUUAUAUAUUACACAUAAUUCAAUUCCC